AAUAAUAAACAUAUUAUCUACUUGAAAACUAGACAAUCAUGGGCGCGGCCAUCUUGUAAAUAAUGAAUUGUGGGAAGACAGAAAUAAUAAUGGCACAAGCGUGUGUAUCGAUUGUUAAUAAUGUUUACUAAGAAAAUGGCUGAUAUUACCCAGAUAAGCAACAAGUCAGGAGAUAACAGUCUGGCAUCAGUCUGUACACUUGAUGAUCAGUCUGGAAUAAAUACUGCCAGCAGCAAUAAUGAACCAAACCAGUCUGUGACAGAUAUAUGCAUUGUUGAUGUAGCUAGCCAAUCACAGAUGCACAGUUUAGAUUUAAUAGGCCAGUGUGAGAUGGAAAUCACACCAGAAAAGGUUGCAGAUCAGGCUAGAAUGCCUGCAAGCAGUUUAGAUGCUGGACAUCAGGCAGAUACUAGCAAAUUAGGGGACCAGUCUACAUCACCUCAAAAGGAGCAUACGGAUACAAGUGAAUCAGUGGAAAUGGACAGUCCAACUAAAACAUUCGAAGAAUUUAGAGUGCUAAUAGGUGAAACUGAAGCAUCGAUGAGGGACAAACUGUCGUCUCUGACAUUACCAGAUUCCGAAAGUUUUGAACAAGAAGAAAAAUUAAAUAUUCCAGUUGCUAAAGAAUUAAAAACAGGCGGCCAAGAUGAAGGUGUAAAAGUUAAGGAUGAUAGUUCUGUUCCAUUAAAAACAGCAGAAAGUAAUACUGAAGAUGUGGGCCAAUGUAACGUUAAUAACAGAACUGAUGGUGUUUCCAUAGUAACUGACAUGCCAUCUAUUGAGAGUGAAAACAAUGAUGAUACCACUUUUCAACCUGCGGUCAUGAAUGUUGUAUCUAAUGCACAAGGAGAAGAUGAUAAAGCGGAUGAUGUCAGGGUAGAAGAUAUGACUGGCAGCAUUGAAAGUGAAGCCUUACAAUGUAAUGAAAGUCAUAAGAAUGAUGUUGCAGAAAAACGGAAGGGAGUUGUACCAAACAAAGAAUGUGAGAUGAUGCAGCAACAAAAUGUGCUUGACAGCGAAGAUGUUGGAGAGACUAAUAUGAAUGGGUCACAUAUUAGAAAAGAAAACAAUCAACCAGUAAAUAUCCCUGAUCAAGAGACUGAAAUUCCCACUGGUGAAGAAGUGUCUGCAAAAAGUGAAAGUGACAAUGUUUUAAGUAUAAAGACAAAACAGGUUGAUGAAAUAAGUAAUCAAAUGCCUUUAAACAAUGAAAUUGAACCAAACACACAAAUGGUUGAAUCUGAUAGUUCCAAAGUCACGCAAAAGAUCAGUUCUAAUGAUAAAGAUGUUAUUCUUGUAAAUAAAGAAAAUCAAAGUGCAGUUUUUGAGGACAAAGCUGUGACAGAUCCAUCUGGAAAUGUUAUUUUACCUAAUGUUAGUUCUGUUACUGAAAGCAAAGUGGAUACAGACAAGGAACUUGAUACGGAAAAUAUUGAAUUGAUGGAUAUUACAGAUGAAGUUCACACAGAAGACAAUCAAGGAAAGAAAAAGGUCAGUGAUCAUUUAGAUACUGGCGUGAAGGACCAGUCUGCAGUUGAACAGCAAAAUAAGGAAUCAAAACCCGUCGGUGAGAAAGAUGCUGGGGAUGGCAUAAGUGCUGAUUGUGAAAAGAAUUCUAAUGAAACAAUACGUGAGAUUAAGACUGUUCAGGGGAAUGAUAAAGAGAAAGAAGUGACUGAGGUUGAUAAAAUAUCAUGUGGCACUGAUGAUGAUGUUGAAGAUAAUUUGAUGAUAAUUGAUGUAAGAUCACUGACAGAUAAUAGUGGAAUCAAUGAUUUCAAUGACAAAAAUGAAAGUAUUAGUAAAGAAAAAUCGGGGACAGAAAAUAUGGAUAAUUUAGAUGAAAACCAAGGUCCGAAAGUCAAGCCUUCAGAAGAGGUUAUUAAAGAUAUUACAUCAGCAGAAAGACCUCAUUCCUCUGCCAGCUCCAGGAGCAAAAGAAAAUCUCCAAAUUCUGUAAGACGAAUAACAGAGCAUGUUGAAUCAGCAGAAAAUAUGUCACCUUUGAGUGAAAGUAGUGCUACUUCUUCAGCCAUUAUGACUGAAAGAACUGUAGGUGAAUCAGGUGAUAUAACAGCAGUGAAUCAGUCAGAAUCUUCAUCAGUGCCUGAAUCACUGCCAAUCAUAUCAAAUACAUUUUCCAUGAAAGAUAAUUUACAGCCAAACAUUACAGUGAAAGAUGAACCACCAGAUGAUGGGGUAUAUGGUGUAAUACAGGGUGCUGGGAAUAUUCCACAAACACAUAAACCCACCUUCGCUUCUCUCAAACCAAAUGCAAUGACUAUGAUAUCAGGAAAUUCAGUUAUUCACAAAGGUCAAGUAGUGAGUCAUGGUAUUUCUGGCCUUCAAAAAUCAGGUAGACCACUUAGCUCUCAGAAAUUGGUGAUAUCUAAAGUUCCACCAAUUGUUUCUCCAGCCAUUGCAGCUGUGUCUUUAGUAAGUUCUGCUCCUGUUUCUUUAAUUCGGUAUCCACUUACAACUUGCGUAACAAAACCUAGUCCAAAAGUUCAGUCAGUUCCAAAUGUCAACAUUUCCGCAGGAAAUACUGCUGCUAUUGUGACAUUGAGGAAUUUAGCUCCUAGAAGUGCCGCACCAGCACCAGUUCAAAACGGAAAUAUUCUAACCGGAACAAAGUCUACGGCAGCACCUAAAGAUAAGACAAAGGAAUCCAACCAUAAGAAUCUUUCCACAAUAAAUAUUCAUUCUGUAGGGGUUGCAAGAAUUACAGAUUUGAUAGCUCGCAAAAAUCCUAUUCCGACAUUUAAACCUAACCCAAUACCAGAUCAUUUGGCAUCCAUUCAGAGUUCAAAGGUUUAUCCUUGCUACGAAUGUGGAGACAGUUUCCAUUUUGAGAAAAGCUUAAGACAACAUUUAGGACGAUGCAGUAUGAACAUUUUCUAUAAAUGUGAAAAAUGUGUGACAAAAAUUAAGUUCACAAACAAAUGUCAGUUACUGAAUCACCUCAGGUCCCAUUUAAAUAUUGAAAAAACCCAGGCUGUGCCAAUUCACAUAAAGUCUGAUUCAAUUGAGAUAGUGACGAAUUUUGAUGCAAUCAGUGCUGAUAAGCCAUUUGAGUGGUAUAAAGAAGAAAAUGUAGCUGCACAAGUUUCGAUAGCUGGUAGUGAUUUGGCUGCAAUUUCUUGCUCUCAGUGUUUAGAGUGUAGUACUGUAUUCGUCAGCUUGAAAAAGCUAGAAGAUCAUCUGAAGGGAGUUAAAUCCGACCACCAUUUCUGUGAUGAGUGUCCAUUAUAUGUCAAUAGUAAGUGUGCAUUACAGGCUCAUAAGAAAUUACAUCUACUUGAUGACGUGAAAUGUAACAAGUCCUUGUCUAUUGCACAGUGGAGUUUUUUGAAAACUCUGUCUUGUCCCGAAUGCGGGAAACACUUUGCUAGAGAUUUUAACUUGACCAAUGUUAAUGGCCUAUUCAAUACCAUGGCCCUUCAUUUGAAAAAUGUUUGCUUCCAUUUGUCCCGCCUACCAGCAUUUAAAUGUACAAAAUGUCUGAAAGUGUUCCAGAAUUUUGAAGGUUUGAGGAAUCAUUUGAACACACGUCUAGAACAUUAUUACAAGUGUGGUUUAUGCCCAAUGGCAUUGAAGUCUCUCAAGAGUUUGGAGUCACAUUAUGAAAUGAAGCAUAAACUUCCUGAGAAUUCUGACCAGAUGAUAACACCUGGUAUGUCUGAUAAGAUCAUCUAUAGGUGCCAUAUUUGUGACACCUUAAUAGAUGAUAAGUCAUUUCUUGUGCAACAUAUUGAUAAGCAUUUAGAUGAGUGUAAAAAAUAUCCUGACACUCACUAUCAUUGUCUACAGUGUGGUCAGAUGUUUAUGAAGAGAAAUGAUCUCGUAGAACAUUACUCAAAACAUGUUACGGUACGCCGCCAGUUCUGGUGUACAUUCUGUUCAAAGGAUAAAGUAAGAGCAAUUCCAUAUAUAGGACACAUUUUAAAGUUUCAUACUUCAUCGGGAUCACAUUUGGCAACUAAGAGUGUUGUCAAGUUUUGUAACAGCUGUGGCCUUGUCUGUAUUGGCGAACAUAUGUUCCAGAACCAUGCCUGUUUGGCUGCCAGAAAUACCACAGUCAUUGUUGGGGAUAGAUCAGAGCAGAACAAGGUCCAUAGCAAAACCAAACCUCAAGGAAGAAAGGAGAUCGCUAGUAGUGCUAGGGACCAUGAAGCGACAGAUUUACCACCAAAUGUUAGUAAAACCUGCCAUGCUUGUUCAGCAAUAUUUGCGUCCCAGGCUCAAAGAGAGAGUCAUUUAAAAGACCACAGAGAUUAUGACUUGAUUUUCAUCUGUAAAUUUUGUGACAAGGAGGAGUUUAAAAGUUACCAUGAGCUGAGAAGUCAUGAGAUAGCUUGUAAAGCAAUGAAUGAUAUGCCGAAGGAGAAACAAAAUGGCGGCCAGAAGAAAGAAGGUACUGCUCAAUAUCGGAAGAUAAAAAGUAAAUCUGAGACGCAUCAACAGAAGAAAGUGCAUAGUGCUACAAAGGAAACCAAGUCAUAUGUUGAUGGAGUAGAGCUGACACCAAAAGAAAGUUCAAAGUCAUCGAAAUCAAAGCAAGAAACUGUAGAAUAUUUUAUGUGCGACAAAUGCGAUGCUGUUUUCACUAGGAAAUCUAAACAAGAAGAGCAUAUAAAAUCUGAGCAUGGAAUACAUCCAUGCCAUCUUUGUGGACUGAUGCACGAGUCCCAGAGCUCAUUGAAAAAACAUCUGAUGGUUGAUCACGAAGGAAAACGUAUGCUGUUGUAUUGUGGUGUUUGUAAAAGCCGUAAAAUUGAAAAAGCUUUUAAUCUGAGGGGAAAGUUAAUAAAACACUUGAAAGUAAAACAUCGAAUGAAAGUUAUUGAUGAAUCUAAAAUUAUUACACAAUUACCAGGCCUACCUGAAACUUUAAAAGAAACUACACCUGAAUAUCUGAAACGUAAACUUUCAGAAUCUCCUGAAACUUCAGUGAAGAAACUUAGAAUUGAAGGAGAGAGCGAUUUCAAAUGUGCAAAAUGCCUUUUCACAUGUAAUGUAAAGUCUGAAUUUAGACUGCAUAUCCUAGAUCACAAGGCAGCGGAAACUUACCAGUGUUUUGAAUGUGGGCUUUGCUUCGCUGUGUUACCAUCACUAAGGAAACAUGUGUUCAUGGUACACAAGGUGAGAGAUUUUGAUUCUUACAUGGCAGAAAAUGAGAUAAAAGAACCUACUGCACUGGAAGAUAAGGAUGUUGAUAUCAUCAGGGUAUCAGAGCCUGACAAACAUGAAGAAAUGGAUGAAUCAUCGGAGGAAGAAGCAAGUGGUGAUCCCCUGGAAUGUAAGGUCUGUUAUCGGACAUUUGAUAAUGAAAAAGUUCUCAAAAGUCAUAUGAGAACACAUGGUAUGGCAUUUAUAAAAAAGUCACGUCGAAGAGCUCAAAACAUCUCGCCUGUGAAAAAGGUAGAAAAUGAAGUGACGUACAGUAGUUCUCAGGAUGAGGGAAAACAAGAAGGACUUGUUCUUAAGCUUAAACGCUUGAAACCAGCUGAUGCGAUGAAAGGUAACUCUCAUGCAAAUACUGCUGACACGGAAGCUUCAGAUGUAGAUGUAAUGGAUACUGGUGAAGAUGAUACUAAUGAAAUGGAUGUCGAAUCUGUUUCAAAAGAAACAAUGGCAGAUGCAUAAAAAAGUUUGAAUUGUUAUGCAGAGUCAUUAAAGCUGUAAUUUAAUCAGUAGCAUACAAGAUUUAUUACGGAAAAUGAUGUUUGAAACUUGAAAUGAUAAUGUGAAGGAAUUGAAUGAUGAUGUGAAUAAAGGUGUUGAAAUGAUGAUGUAAAUGGAGGUGUUGAAAUGAUGAUGUGAAGGAGUUGAAAGAAAUGAUGAUGCAAAGGUGUUGAAAUGUUGAUAUGAAUGAAGGUGUUGAAAUGACGAUGUGAAUGGGGGUGUUUAAAUGGUGAUGUGAAGGAAUUGAAAUGAUGAUAUUAAAGUGUGGAAAUUAUGAUGUAAAGGUGUUGAAAUGAUGAUGUUUGAAGGUGUUAAAAUGAUGAUGCUAAAGUGGGGAAAUGAUUAGGUUAAGAAGUUGAAAUGAUGUGAAAGCAUUGAAAAGAUACUGUGAAAAUGUUGAAAUGAUGUUAAAUUGUUGAAAUAGUGGUUAUUAUUAGGUUCACUAAAGUCACUGUCUUUUUUUUCCAAAAUUGACGGUAUAAUUAAUGAC